AUGCAUACUACUGAAAUCCUGUAUGUCGACUACAAUAAACCUAGCCCUGUUGCUUUUGUGCCCAUUGCAUCGUCUCUCGUCCCUAAUGUGCCUUCCAGCGUUGGUUCAAAACAUAGAAUGUCCUCUUCAGACUACGUUGGACAGCACCCCAUUCCUAAUACUCACAAGUUGCACCUUUCUGUCACGUUAACAUUGGCCGAGUCUGAGUACAACAGAAAACUCGCAAUCUUCCAGGUGAGGGUUGAGAGCAUGUCUGCAAGAAGCAAAGUACUAGCUAGUUCGAGCUAUCCCACGAUGCUUCAGAUUAAAAGUCAGCCAAUUCAACUGAUAGAAACCAUGCUCAAAACUGUUCCACUUAGGGCGGAAUUUCAAGCUGGUUCUUGUGUACCUGAAAUUUACACUGCAUCACUCGAUAUAGAAUCGGAGCUUCCUGGAUUAAAGAGAGCUAUAUGGAAUUGGAGGCGAACAAUUUUCGUGUGGAUCAGCAUUUCAUCAUUUAUGGGUGAAUUGAUAGUCGUUUUACUCGUCUGCAGGCCUAUUAUUCUUCCCAGAGGAAGGUCCAAAGGUUUUGGCUCCGAGAAGAAAUUUCAACAGAAAAACUUCCAUGGAAUAAAAGAAAUAAAAUGGAGGAUAUUUAAGAAGGAUAAUCUGUGA